AUGAAGGAAAUUCGCGAUCUUAUCACCAAUAUCAAACGUCGCGACAAAUCUUUCGACAUUGCUGGUAUCUUGGUCUACAGCGGCAGAAAUCUAACGGUGCGGAACAAGACGGCUUUUUUCAUGAGUUCCGAGGACCUUCACGCGCUCUGCACCUCAAAGUCCGCUAGCUCCUCAAUGGCUCGUGCCCGGACCAGCCUUGCAUCUGCUUUGAAGAAGGAGGCUUCUUCGGAUAAGGAUGUGCUACCUUACACGAAGGAACGUCAGAAACAAUUCACGCGAUUGUUUCUUGAUCUUUUGAAUGGGUGCUUGGCUGAAAAGGAUCGACGCACGUCGGCCCCUUGGACCACGUGGCCCAAUCUCGCCUACCAAUUCAAACUGGUUAUCACAGGUUGGGAUUCUGCUAUGGUCGACAUAGCCUUCUGCCCGGGAUUUGCACCUACCAAGAUCACAAGCUCUCAAUGGAAGCACCUAUCGACUCUGAUUGUAAAGAAGCUCUUGGUGGUGAAGCCCUGGUCUGACGGCAAGCUUACUGAUGCAGCUGAGAACCGGACACAUACCACUCAAUGGUUACCUAUAUCGCAUAACAAAGUCAACCACCAGCCGCUGCGACGCAUGUUGGAGGAGAAGGAGACAGGAAGUAGCGGAGACAGUGGUACACUAUCUAUUCGAGUGCCAAGAAUACGCGGCAGAACGCUGUGUUCCCGAUUUUGCCUUUGCCCAUACAUCAUUGUGCUGUGUCCCCUCCUUUUGCCUUUGUCCACCUACACACCUCACUCCACCCUUUUUUUCUUUUAA